CAUGAUCGGCCUAGAAUGAGCUUCUGCCGCAACGAUUUCUUUGUCUUCCUCCCCGCGGAGUUGCGGGAAUGAGGGAAAUGGCGUUGAAGCUGCUCCAGUGGAAGUUCUACGGCCAAGAGCGGGCACCGUUAUCGUCUCACAUCCCCGGACCGGCCUGCAACUUCAGACGGAGGCGACCGCAAGUGGUGGCUUUCGCCGUUAAGAGGAACCCCAAGCGCCUCAAGUACGCCACUCCCCGCUUCACCAAGGAGGAUGGAUUGCUUUAUGUGCAAGUGGAUCCAUCAGGAUCAGACAGCUGGAAACUCGAACCCGUGGUCGACAUUUUGAGAAAGGGAGCAGUCGGAGUCAUUCCUACUGACACUGUGUAUGCCAUUGCCUGCAAUUUGAAGAGCCACUCAGCUAUUGAACGUCUACGUAGAAUCAAAAAUAUAGCAGAUUCCAAGCCCCUCAGUAUAUUAUGCCACUCCUUCCGGGACAUUGAUACAUAUACACUGGGAUUUCCCUGUGGUGAUGGUCAAGGACAUACAAACAUUUUCCGAGCUGUCAAGCAAUGCUUACCUGGUCCAUAUACAUUCAUUUUAACUGCAAGCAAAGAAUUACCAAGGCAAUGUUCAAGAUACGGUACUAGAGCUGCCAAGUAUGCUUCCAGGAAAAAUGUUGGUGUCCGAAUGCCUGAUGAUGCCAUUUGUCAAGCAAUAUUAGAGAAGUUGGAAGCGCCCCUUAUAUCGACCAGUGUCAAGUGGCCAAAGGAAAACGAAUGGAUGAUAGAUCCAGUUGUGAUAGCUGAUAUAUAUGGACCGGAGGGACUUGAUUUCGUGGUUGACGGUGGUGUGAGAGUAGCUGAUCCAUCCACAGUAGUUGACAUGACUGGAGGUUAUCCAAAAGUUGUACGCCAAGGAAAGGGACCUAAGUUGCAUUGGAUGGUAUCAGAAGAAGAUGUUGAUGGUGCAGAUCAUGAGAAAGAUGUCGCUAUCGAUGCCAUUUGAUGGAGCUGCUUUAACCAAGGGGCGUGAAGUGGAAGAUUCAUAGGGAGAUAGCAUUUGCUCCCCGCUGUACAGCGACUUGAAUGAAUCGCAGUUCAUAUAAUCCCGAUCGAGCGAGAAGUUUGUGCAAAUGUUGUGGAAAUAAACACAGUGAGAAAAGCUGUGCUUGUAAGAAUCAAAAUGUCAGACUACGAACACGACCAUUAUUCAUCACAUUGGCACAUGA